AUGCCCUCCUAUACAAAAGUUAUAAAGGAAAUCCUUUCUAAGAAAAGGAGAGUGGAGGACUAUGAGAUAGUUGCUCUAAUAGAAGAAUGUAGUGCCAUCCUACAGAACAAGCUACCUCCAAAAUUAAAAGAUCCUGGAAACUUCUCCAUACCAUGCUUGAUUAGCAAUAUGAAUAUUGACAAAGCCUUCUAUGACCUUGGAGCCAACGUGAGCCUAAUGUCCUUGUCCAUAUGUCAAAAGCUAAAUGUGGGAGAGCUGAGACCAACUACCAUCUCCUUGGAAUUAGUAGAUAGAUCUAUCAAACCUUUCUUAGCAACAGCUGGAGUAAUCAUAGACGUUAAAAAUGGGCAUCUAACUCUCAAAGUGGGGGAUGAAGAGGUAGAAUUCAACCUGUUCCAAGCAAUGAAGCAAAAGUCUAAACCUGAUGAAUGUUUAAGGGUUAACAUCAUAGACAUGCUAGUGGAGGAAUAA